AUGGCGUUGAAUCCGGAGGUGCCUCAAAGGUCUGAAACUCUCCUAAUCGAUAACAGACGCAAGGCCCAUCGAGUAUACCGGAAACUUGAUCGUAGGGACCGAUUCAACCCUUUCAGACAUAUCGCUUGGUACAAGACGUCAAAGGACCUCAGACCACAUUCCAAAACAGCGAAAACAACCAGUCUUUUUGGGUUCCGAUACACGCUCUUGAAAAUCAAGGAGGCGCCGGAGGAACCGUUUACAGUCGCAAACCAGAUCCAGAGGACUUUGCUCACAUCAUGGAUCAACAUCCUGCUCGUGUGUGUACCAGCUGGAGUAGUCCUCUCCCAGAUUAGGGGUGGUACUCCCGAAACAUUCACUCUGAACUACAUUGCUCAGAUUCCGCUCUGGUUUCUGUGCGAUUACUCCCUGGAAGAACUGGAAAAGUACAUCGGCGUCAGGGCCACGGACAUACUGGAUAUAUUCACAACCAAUACUGUGCAAAUCAUCUCAAGCGUCCUCUUGCUGCUUGAUGGCAAGGUUGACCUGCUGCAGACAUCGCUGAUAGGUGGGAUCCUGAGCAACAUUUUAGUGCUCCUCGGCUUGAGCAUAUCAUUCGGAGGGGCAACGAACAUCGAUCAACGCCAGCAGGAGUUCAACCGGACCGGUGCCCAGGGGUCAUCAAGUCUUCUUUCAAUCGCCGCGACUAGCCUCCUCAUACCCACGGCGGUGAAAUUGUUGGACCAGACAUCGAAAGAGAACCUGGUCCGACAGUCCCGAGGAGUGUCAGUUGUCCUUCUGUUCGUCUAUUUCACAUACUCGAUCUGUCAAAUGUGGACACACAAAGUGGAGUACGGGGCAUCAGGCAAAUCAAAAGCCACCGUGUCGGCCAUACAAUCUGCUACUGCCAGUGGUGUAUCGAUCGGAGGUCGGCCGUUAGGGGACAUGGCAUCGCCAAGAACCCUGGGGAUCCCUUCACCAAAUCGCAAAGACGGGGCUUCCCCGCGAUCCGUCUCCUUCAUCCAGUCACCCGUGCCCCUCUCAAAUCAGAGUGCCGUCGCCGUUAGCGCAUAUGAAAAUGGAGACGACGACGAGAUUCACGGGCCUCAGCUGGACCUCCCGGUGGCGGCAGCCCUCUUCGCCGCCUCGAUCGUGCUGCUCUACUUCUGCAUCGAUGCGACGGUGAACAGCAUAUCCGCCCUAACAGAACAGACCUCGCUGACCGACACGUUCGUGGGGCUGAUACUGCUUCCCAUCCCCAACUGCGACUUCGCGCCCAUCUCGCUCGCCGUCGACGACCAGCUCGAGCAGACCAUGAAGUACACGGUCGGCCGGUCCAUCCAGACCGCGCUGCUGGUCGAGCCCGCCGUCGUGUUGCUGGCGUGGUGCCUGAGCAUCCCGGACGUCACGCUUGCGUUUGACGGUUUUGAGGUUGUGAGCUUGUUCACGACUAUCUUGCUUCUGAACUUCCUUGUGGUGGAUGCAAAGGUGCAUUGGGUUCAUGGAAUUUUGCUGCUUGCCGACUGGGUGCUAAUUGGUAUCGCUGCGUACUUUGUACAUCCGCAAAUCGAUUAA